AUCGUUUAUUAUAUUUCUGCUGUGUGUUACAGACAACCAUGCAGACAACAGCACUAUGACGUAAAAUGUUUAUAUGACACGAAUGUCAAUGUCAAAAGAUUCCAAAACACACAGUUAUUAUACUUCGAUCAACGAUGUCAAGUUUUAUAAAAUUGUAAAUUAAACUUGUGUUUAGUUUUCCAACAAACUGACUCAAUAUUUUUAGAAAGUAAUGGCCUAUAAAUUAUUAUGUAUUAUAAGCUUGUCAUCAUUACCGUAUUUAUUUACUUUGACCGGAGACUUUGUUUUCGACGACUCAGAAGCUGUAGUUAAAAACAAGGAUGUUAUUACGGACUCCUGGACUGAACCAUUCUUCAAUGACUUCUGGGGAGCUAAUAUCAAGUCAAAUUUAAGUCAUAAAUCUUACCGGCCUUUGACUAUUUUAUCAUUUAGAAUAAAUUAUUGGUUAAACAAUAAAACUUUAUCUGCCUUCCAAUUCAAAGCAACGAAUCUUAUAUGUCAUGUUAUAUGCUGCAUAUUAGUGUGGAAAGUAUAUCAAAGUAUUUUAUAUAAAAAUAACGGAGCCAAUAUCACUUAUGGAGAUAAAACAAAACAGAAGUUAUUGAACAAUAUAGAUGAGAAUAAGAGAAAAUGGUGGAUGGAUCAAGCAUAUUUGUCUUCUCUGCUGUUUGCAGUACAUCCUGUACAUGUGGAAGCUGUGAGUGGUGUGGUUGGACGAGCUGACCUGUUAGCAGCUAUUACAUUUUUCCUAGCAUUCCUAUUUUAUAAGAAAUCAAUGACUAGUCACACAUAUAAGUACAUCUAUUUAUUUUUUACUGUCUUAUUAUCAGGGAUCUCUAUGUUAUGUAAAGAAAAUGGAAUAACAGUGUUGGGCUUCUGCUUAGCCUAUGAAGUAAUUUUUAAGUUUCGAAUUUGGAAAAGAGAUCCAAAAGUAACGAAAACAUUCUUAAAUAUUAAAUUGCACUUAAGCAUGGAUUCUGUUAUAAGAAUAAGCAUAAUUACAGUUGCUAUAAUAGGACUUCUAUAUGGGCGAUGGCUUGUGAUGGCAGGAACCAAACCAGAGUUCAAACCUAUAGAUAAUCCUGCAGCUUUUGCUGAUAGUCUUUUCACAAAGGUGGCAACAUAUAAUUAUGUAUACUUCCUAAAUCUUUUGUUAUUUAUUUGGCCUAAGUGGCUCUGUUACGACUGGUCUAUGGGUUGUAUACAGCUUGUCCAAAAUCUAACUGAUAGCAGAAUCAUUCUUAUAGCUGUUAUGUACUUAUAUGGAUUUUUACUACUAAAAUCUGUGAUAAGUAGAAAAAAUAUGACAUCACACAGCAGGACAACCAUAUUAGCAGUAUCCUUAAUUGUGAUACCAUUUUUACCAGCCAGUAACAUUUUCUACCCCGUGGGGUUUGUGAUAGCAGAAAGGAUUCUUUACAUACCAUCUGCUGGCUAUUGUCUACUUAUAGUUAUUGGCUUCCGGAAACUUCUAACUGGAAGAAAAUUAUUAGUUUGUAAGAGUGGUGUGUUAAUAUUCCUGUUAUUAUUACUGGUUUAUUCGGCGAGGAGCUGGCAAAGAUCCAUGGAGUGGCAGAACGAAUACGCCUUGUUUGUUAGCGGCCUGAAAGUGUGUCCACUCAAUGCCAAGGUUCAUUAUAAUGUUGCGAAGGCUGCGGACGCUAAUCAUCAAGUAACUUGGGCGCUAGCUGAAUAUAAGGAAGCUAUCAGAUUGUAUCCAGAAUAUUAUCAAGCAAUGAACAACUUGGCGAACAUACUGAAAAACCAAAAACAAUUUGGUGAAGCUGAAUUUUUCUUUCGAUCGGCUGUAAAACUUAAAAGAGAUUUUCCAGCAGCAUGGAUGAACUUAGGUAUAUUACUAGCGAAUACUAACAGAUUUGAAGAAUCAGAACAAGCAUACAAAACAGCAAUAAGUUAUCGAAGAAAAUAUCCUGAUUGCUUCUACAAUUUAGGUAAUUUGUAUCUUGAGAUGAAUAAAACCGAAGAAGCUAUAGAUAGUUGGUUCCAAGCAAUCAACGAAAACCCCAAACAUAUCUUAGCUUGGACAAAUGUAAUGGCAUUAAUGGAUAACACAGGACAAAUCGAUAGAGCUUUGAAGGUCAUACCGAAAGUCCUUACAGAGCUACCAGAGGCUCCAUCAAUUAAUUUCGCUAUUGCCAAUAUGUACGGAAAAAUAAAUCGGUAUGAGGAAGCAGAGCGCCAUUUUAUAAAGGCAAUUAAAUUAUUUGAUACACAAGUGCAGGCCUUACAUUACGCUAAUCUUGGAGUACUCUACCACCGCUGGAAAAAAAAUGACUUAGCAGAGGAAAUGUACAAAAAAGCAUUAAAAAUUGAUCCAAAAUUUAAAACCGCUCGCAAAAACUUAGAAAGUCUUUUUAGACAUAAAAAUAAAUAAUAUGCCUACUGUA